AGUACGACGCGGAUAUGAAGUCUACAAACAAGUGUGCGCGGCAUGCCAUUCGAUGAAGUUUAUUCAUUACCGACACUUCGUUGACACUAUAAUGACUGAGGCAAGUUAUGCAAAUACAUUGAGAUUGCUGUUCAUUCACUUUAUAGAUCCAAAUUUCUCUGUGCAACCAUUUGAGGAAGCAAAGGCUGAAGCUGCUGAAGCCCUUAUAAACGAUGUCGAUGAUAAGGGAGCGGCAAUUCAACGACCGGGUAUUCUCACGGAUAGACUUCCUGCUCCAUAUCCUAACAAGAAGGCGGCGGCAGCAGCUAAUAAUGACCAACGCGAUGAGCUUCAAGCCCUUGACCCUUUUGUGAUCAACGGCUCGAAGUCUCGCAGGGAAAAUAAGCGACUUUUUCGAACAUAUUUUUUUCAACUUCUGAAAGUGCUUUGCUCACAUACUUCGCAUACAAAAAACUGCAAAUUUUGCAUGAAAAACUUUUGUACGGAGAACCGUUCAUAUUCUUUUGUGACGACCAAUCGUGCGCGUUGGUUUCGAAGUGCCGCACCUCCGGAUCUGUCACUGAUGGCCUUAGCUAGACAUGGUGGUGAUGACUACAUCUUUGCGCUACUAACAGGAUAUUUCGAACCUCCAGCUGGAGUCAAGGUAGAUGAUGGUAAGGCAUACAAUCCAUACUUCCCAGGCGGUGUCAUAUCUAUGCCUCAGCAACUAUACGAUGAAGGAAUCGAAUACAAGGUAUGAAG